AUGUCGUACAAAGGUAGCGACUCAUGUUUGGCCGCGGAGCUCGCGGUGCGCUUGAACGAGCGCGAGUUCGGUGCGCCCCUUCUCGCGGGAGCGGCGGUCAUGACGAGCGCGGAAGAGGCGUGGGCGGAGUUCAAGGGCGCGUUCGCCGCGCUCGAGCGGGAGGGCAAGGCGGUGCCCUACUUCAUCGCAGAGAGGUUGGGGUUGGACACUGAGAAUGCACACUGCCUUGAGACGGUGAGGGGCUGCGUGAAGCAGCUCGACGAGGAGAAGGGCUUCGGAAAGAUAUAUAAGAAGGUAUAUAAGAUAGAGGCACGGGUGUGGGCGAAGUUCAAGACAGCCAUCGCCGAGCUCGAGCCGCAGGGCAAGGCACUGCCAUAUUUCAUCGUUCAGAGCAUGGGGUUGGACACCGGUAACCACGAGAACUUCGACUUGGUGAAGAAGUUCUUGCGAUACUACAAGAAGGAGUUGGCAGAGCGGGAACGAGAAGCGAACGUGAACGACGCCGCCGAACCCGAUCCCGAUCUCGCGCCGCCGAUGAACGUCGAGGAAAGUCCGACGAACGUCGAGGUGGGUCCGCGCCCCGUUGCCGUCGCGCGCGCGAACGACGACGACGACGACGACGACGACGGCGCGGGGGACGCGGAGAUCGUGACCGCGGCGAUGAUUCAGAGAGCGCAGGCGCGGCUCGACACGAUGGGCGCGGUCGGGUGGAAAGCCAUCGCGCGCGUCGUCGCGGUGUCCCCGACCGGGGACGUCGUCGCGCGCGACGUCGCGGACGUGGAGCGCAUCUUACGCGAGGAAAGAGUGCGCGUCGGCGAACCGCGCGUCGCGACCCCUCCGUCUUCCGCGCCCGCCGCGGAGGACGUCAUCGCGAAGACGAUCGAGGCGAGGGUGACAGAGAUGCAGACAGAGAUGGAGGCGAAGCUCACGGCGGCGGUGGACGCGAGAGUGAAAGAGAAAGUGAAAGAGUUCGAGGCGAAUCUCAAGUCCGAGCUCGACGCGGAGAAGGAGAAGGCGAAGGAGAAGGCGAAGGAACCGUCUCGAGAGCCGUCUCCGCCGCCGCUGCGCGAGCGCCGGGAGCAGCCUUCGAAGAAGCGUUCGGCGGAGAAAGCGCCCACGCGGGCGGGCGACGGGAAGCGUCGCAGGGAGGAAGAGAACGACGCCCCGCGCGAGGUUGACCGCCCCAAACGGGUCGUAUCCCGCGCGACCCCGCCGGCGAGGAAGUACGCGCCGCGGAAAAACGCGGCGCGGACGGAUUACUUCCCCGUCGGCACGAAGAUUCGAAAAAUGUUCGACGGCGAGUGGUUCAAGGGGGUCGUGCGGGAGGUGGACGACAAAGACCAGAAGCUGCCGUACUUUGUGAAGUACGAAGACGGCGACAAGGAGGACCUGUCGCACGAGGAACUGUCGCGGUUGGUCGUGUCGCCGAGAGGGAGACCGCGGAGUAAGCUGAUCCAUUACGACGACGACGGCGAGGACGAGACGACGUCGGACGAAGACUCUGAAGAGUGGGAGCCGACCGCGGCGCAGCUCGAGCGUCUGAACGAGCUCUUCAAGGCGGGCGUCCAAAACCCGUCGGAGCGGGCGAUCGCGAGAAUCGCCAAUCAGAUCAGUACCUUUGGAAAGUGCACGGACGAUAACGUAGAGCGAUGGUUCGCGGUGAAGCGUGGGGCGUGACGAGCACGCGUGCAGGUAGCAGCUAGCUAGCAGAAAGACUUGAACAAGAAAAUCCAUUCCCAAAACGG